AAAAUGGAUAAAUCGAACUACCUUGCAAUGGUAAAACAUAUCUUAACCACCAAGUUAUACAAUAAAUAAUUUAUAAUUUAUUUGAGUCCAAUUAACAAUUUAUAGUUAUUCGAUAGUUAUGUUGAAAAUUCUUUAAUGAAUCUGCAGUAGAAAAAAAAAUCAAAGUAUCAGAAUUGCUUACUUUUUCCAAAAUUUUUUUCAGCUCUAUAUAUAAUCACAAAAAGAUUUCAAGCCUUUUUAAUAGCAAAUCUACCAGGCAACUACUAAGAAAACACGUAGGAUAAAAAAUACCAAAAUUCUUCUUAUAUUCAAGUAGUUGAUUGAAGAGGGCAUCACCUGCCCUAAGCAGCCAGAGCCAGAAGUAGAGUAGCUCCACCAAGAAGAUUAGAGCAUUCAAUUCCAAGGAUUUAAAUCAAUUGUAGAUUUUAAAGUUCAAAAUUUGUAUGUUAUGAUAAAUUUAAGUACAUGAUACAUCAAAUUUCCAAGUCCUUGUUUGUCUAUUGUUUUUGUUGAUGCAGAGAAAUGGAUCAAGUUCAAGAGUAGAGUAGCUGCCUUCGACCGUUAAGAGAAUUGAGUUUGUAAAAUGGUUUAGUAGAUUUGUAAGUAGAUUUCAGCGUUGUUGCCAAAUAGGAACUGCUUAUUCAGGUCUCAAGAGGGCCUCAAGCUGCGCAUUGAUUAGAACCGUUAUCUGAUCAUGGCCAAUAAUAGGCUUAAGCUCUUUUAAGACCUUGGCUAAUCAUAACACAAUUUUGGAUAACCAACCUCUCUUAGACGUAGACCCUUCCACUAACCACGCAGGCUCAAGGUCUCUCCCCAGGUUAACCAUUUCCGAUUCGGGUCGUCGAACCGGCCUCAAAGGCAUUUGACCCACAUGGACCAUAUGGGUCACCCAACAAUGACAAAAAAGCCCAUAUCAGCCAACUGGGCAGCCACCAUUCUCGAUUUAGCCUUAUAAUUAUUUGCCAAUUUUCGUUUUUUUUUUUUUUUUUUUGGCUUGUAGGGCUUCAUAUUUCCAAAUUCAUCUCAAGUGAUGAAAUCAAUUUUGACAUUUUUUUAAAAAUUCUGUUGAAUCCCCCCUGAACUAAACUUGCAAACUUGGAAUUAUCACUCUAUGAUAAAAAUUCAAUCAUCUUUUAUAUUUCAAACAUUUCCAUUAUCCAAGGUCAGAUAAAUGAAAUGGGUUUUAUUCUGGUCCAAUUUGAGCUUGACUUCCCUUUCAAUCCAAGCUGUGGACAAAAACAGGAACCAAUAUCGAGAAAGGAUAUUUAAUGCAUUAUUGCUUUCUCCUGCUAUUAUUGAAAGAAGGAAUGUCUAUGAUUAAAAUUCUGGGUUGAGUUGGGUUUGGUAGUUAAAGAGCAAUAAAUGGAUGAAUUAAAUGAGAAGGUUUAAACAUGGAGGUAGAUGAAUCAGGCCAUUGUGCCAAGGCCAAGAAAAUGGCACCCAAUAUCAAAUGGAGUGGCAACAAAAUGGAAGGUGGUGAAGUUUCUAAAACAAUGGAGUGCCUAAGAAGGAGAUUGCUAGCAGAGAGGCAAGCAUCGUUACUUGCCAAAGAGGAGGCAGAGCUCAUGGGCAAAAGGUCAACAGAAUUAGAGAAGCAGAUCACAAAGCAGAUUCAAAUGAAAACAAAAGCAGAAAAGAAGCUUCAAUUACUGAAGAAAAAGCUCGGAUCACUUAACCUUUCCACCACGAUGGUGAACUCAGAGGCUUCAGUUUCGUCGGAAAUUUGCGAUGAAGAUGAACCAAAAACCCUAAUCGAAGUUCCGUCUCUGCUAAGCAACUCGAAGGCCAUUGGUGAAAUUUCUCAUUUGGAAGAAGAGAAUCGAAAUGCUCGUGGUUCUACAAGCUCAAACUCCUCUGCUUCUGAAAUUUGCUCCGACGAACCUUCGAAAACGAAGAUCGGAAAAUGUGAAAAGGAGUUCGAUUCCGUCGACGAUUCACUUGCAAUCGUUGCCGUGAACUCGCCGGGAAAAUCAGAAACCGGCGAUGAGUUGAAGCCGCUGAUCAGUGAAAGGAUCAUUGAAGUUCUUAAUGAUCUGAAGCACGCCCGAGAGACGAUUCGGAGCUCAAUGAAGAUUUGUGAAGUUAACAUGAUUGAAGUCAGCCCUGUUUGAACUCAAAUGUGUAAGAGAGAGAUUGGAUUUGGAAAUGGGCCCGAUAGAAAAGCCCAUUAGACCCAGCCCACAUAAGACUUACAAAAUGGAUAUUAGUUUAAAAUAUCAUUUUAAUCCCUA